CGUCAAAGGAAACAUGCCUACCUGUUUCAUGGUAGCAGCAGACUAUUAUUGUCCCUAUAACCAACUCCAAUUGAAGCCGGUUUUUAGUGCUAAAAGCUCUCUUCAGUUCCCCUCUCUCUAUCAUCUCUCCCUCUCCUUUCAUCUCUUUCUUUCUUUCUUUCUAACAAACAAACAAACAGCUCCUCAUCUUAUUAAGAUUCAGUCGUCUCUCGAAAAUCUCUCUUCUUCAAACUCCUCAGUCACAGGUCCUUAUCUUCAUCAGUAAUACCUUGAAACUUGGAUUACUAUUCUUUAGGUCCUUAUCUCCAACCCUUCAUCGAUACAAGCCAUAUCAUAAUUUUGCCCUUUUCAUUCUCUUUAUUUUUCAUUUUCACUUCCUAUCUUGACCAUAUAUAAAGAUUUCUUCUUUUUCUAUGUCCAAUUAAUCCAUGCAGUUGUUUUCCAAUCUUUUAGUGCUUUCUUUUUUUAUAAGAAAACCGUAGUCUUUAUACUUGUCGUGAUCACAUAUUUAUAUUAACUUUUUUUUUUCUCUUGAAUGUUUUCUUGAGAAUUGUACAAAACAAAUUUCAAUGGCAAUUGAACUUUGUUCUGAUAAUAAUAACUCCACUGGUUUUAGUCCAAGGAUUUCAUUUUCUCAUGAUUUUUGCCUCUCUGACAUUGUUCCUGUCGAGCAACACCACUCUCUUCGACCAAACUCGUUAGGAAGCAUCGACUUUGAUUUCUGCACCCGUAAAAGCUUCGAUCAGGAAUCAUCACCGGCGGACGAGCUUUUCUCUGAUGGCAAGAUUCUUCCAACAGAAAUCAAGAAAAAGACUACCCCGGCCACGAAACAGACAAACAAUUCUCUGCCUCCAUCAGAUGCUCUACUCGAUGAUAGUUCAAAGGCAGAAAAGAUUAAAGAAAUGAAAGGUGGAACUGAUGAAGCAGAAGAGAAGCAAAGUAAUUCAAAGUCAUUUUGGCGGUUCAAAAGAAGUAGUAGUUUGAAUUGCGUAAGUGGCUAUGGUAGAAGCUUGUGUCCUUUACCACUUUUAUCCAGAAGUAACUCUACUGGCUCCGCACCUAGUACUAGUGUCAAAAGGGUACCAUUGUCAAAGGAUAACAAGCAGCAAAGACAAGCAUUCAUAAAGUCACAGUCAUCGUCAUCAUCAUCAUCUUCAUCAUCAGGCAUGAGUUAUCAAAAGCCUCCAUUGAAGAAGAAUUACUAUGCGAAUGGUGUUCGUGUUAAUCCUGUGUUAAAUGUUCCGUCAGGGAAUUUAUUUGGCUUAGGUUCAAUCUUCUUCAAUGGCAAAGAUAAGAACAGGAAGAAGUGAUGAUUGAAACUUUUAUCAUGCACUAAUAAUAAUGAUAAAAAAACUAAAUUAUACAUUCAAAUUGCAUAUUAAUUAUUUUUUUUUUUCUGGGUUGAGAUUAUUCUUUUCUUUUCUUUUCUAUUUUUAAUAAUCACCUCGACUUUUCCAUUUCUUGAUAUUUAACUCAUAUGUUAUUUUACUGAGGAAAGGGAGAAGGAUGUAGAGAGAGAUAGAGAGAGAGAGAGAGAGAGAGAGAGAGAGAGAGAGAGAGAGAGUUAAUUUGAAGACAAAGAGACAUUGAAAGGUGGAAAUGGAUGGGGGAGGGACCUGGAGAUGAUAUAAUUCAAAGCACAUGGCUUUUGAGUAUUCAGCACAAAAUGACAGGUGAACUUAUCUUAUUAUUGUUAAAGAAGAUCAAAUAUAGAUUGCAUAUUGAGAAGGGAAAGAGAUAGAUUUUGAUGGAAAUGUGGUAUGGAAGCCAAAGAGAAGUUAAUAAUCAUCCCACAUGGAGUGGGACAGAGAAAAAGACAUUAAGCUUUAGUUCAGUUAAUGGCUGUCCUAAUAUAAUAUAUAUGCAUGCUGAAUACAUGGUUUCUUUUCCUUUAUUGUGAACAAUUUAAUGGUGAUCCUCUUCUACAAGUGCUCAGUGCUCUGGUCAUGUUUUUGCAAAAAAUUUGGAGUUGAGUCUUUGUCGUAUUAUUUAAUGGAAAACAUUGUUUUGGUACGUCGGAAA